AGAGAGAGAGAGAGAGAGAAAGAGAGAAGUGGUGAGGUUCGAUUCCGAGAAUUUAAUCGUUCUUUUUCUGAAAUUUCUCGAAUUAUGAUCGAUAAUUCGCUUCUAUUCGAGGGGUUCUAAGUGAAUUCUUUUCCCAACGACAAGGGGACGACUGUAUGGGUUGGGAAUCGUGGAGAAAUUCGUAGAGAAGAAGAAUCGUAUGAAGUUGACGGAGAGGUGAGCGAGCGAGCGAGCGAGCGAGCGAGCGAAGAGGAAGAAGAAGAAGAGGAAGAAGAUGCUGUUGCUCAGGCUGAUCGUGGUAUCGAGCCUUUGUUGGGUGGCCAGGUGCGAUUUAUUGGACCUGUACGUCCAACACAUGGACGAGGCCAUGAAAACUUUGGCCUACAGGAGCAGGCAUCAUCGUCCAAAAGACGUGAGGAUGAAAAGAAGCGUUCGGGAGGAGCAGCCGCUUCUUAGAAUCGGCACGUUCAAGAAACAAAGGUUGGACGUCGAUAAAGAUUGGUACGCGCAAUGGAAGGCGAAGAGGAAGAUCCUCCCUUACAAAGAGGACGGCCUCGACUUUCCCAAUUCGAGGGAGGAAAACUUGGACCCGAAUCAACACGAGCUGGUCGACGAUAAUAAUCCUGCUCGAGUCCCCGGCCGAGAAUCCGAGGAAACGACGACGACAAUGACGAGCAGGCGAUACGCGAUCGACAACGAAACGACGGGCGACGAGCUCGACAUCGAAGUUUCGAAGGAAGAAUCGACGCGGUCGAACCACGACACCGCGUUCCCCGACGAACGAAUGUCGAUCGACAACAACGAGGAUCGAUCGAGGGGGAUGGAGUCGCGGGAGGAGACCACCCGGACGAUGGAUUUUCGACGCGACAUCGAGAUCGUGGGCAAUUCCCAAUAUGAGAUUAUCGGCCAUGAGCCACCGAACACCCACCUGCUCGACGAUCCUACGUUGAAAAGUAUUCCAAAGUCGCGAGACCGCGUCCCCAAGAAGUAUAUACCGCCUAUGGAUAAAUUGGCCAAGCUUUUUCGUGGCCACGCGAAAUACGUGGCUAAUUGGGAGGAGGUCGUCCUCGAGUGGGAUCCCUCGGACGAGGAGAUGGUCACUUUCAAGGUGACCGCGAAAACCUUGGGAUACGUCGGCAUUGGAUUCAACGAGAAAAACCACAUGAAGGGGGCUGACAUCCUGCUGGCCUGGGUCGACGAUCACACGGGCACCGUCAAUCUGCUGGACUCGCACGGGAUCGAGGAGCCAGAGGCGGCACUAGUCACGGACACGUCCCAAGAUGUCAAAGUGCUGGGUGGUUCGCAGAACCAAACUCACACGAGCGUGAUCUUCUCGCGUAGCUGGCAGACCUGCGACCCUCAGGAUCAUCGGCUUACGCCACCGGUUUCAGACAACGUGGACACCACCUACUGGUGCAAAAUUUUCAAGGCCCCUCACAAAGAGAAGCACCACAUGAUCGGGUACACGCCAUUGGUGGAGAAGGAGAACGAGGAUUUGGUCCAUCACAUAAUAUUGUACGAGUGCGCUUCGACCCUGCCAAUAUUAGGGCAACACGCGAGAAUCGUCGGGGCGCCUUGUUACAGUCCGACGAUGCCACGGGAGUGGGAAUCCUGUUUGCAACCGGUGUUGGCCUGGGCUCGGGGUAGCACAGGGGAAUGGCUUCCGGAGCACGUCGGCAUUUCCAUUGCUGAGCAUUCGGAAGGUUCUUAUUACAUGCUGGAGGUGCAUUACAAUAAUCCGAGCAUGAGGAAGGUGGUGGACAGCAGCGGUGUACGCCUUCACCUGACUCCCAAACUUCGCCCCCAGGAGGCGGGGAUUCUCGUUGCUGGCGUUGCAGUGAGCCCUCUUCAUCUCAUCCCCCCUAAACAAAAGGAAUACGCCACGGCGGGAUACUGCACUCCACAUUGCACGCACACGAUGUUCCCCGAGAGCGGAGUGAACAUCGUUUCGGUAGUGCUGCACUCCCACCUGGCCGGUCGGCGGCUAAGUCUGAAGCAUAUCAGGCAGGGCAAGGAAUUACCAAGGAUAGUUGAGGACAAUCACUUCGACUUCGAGUACCAGCAGUCUCACACUCUGGAAAAGGAAGUGAAGGUACUUCCGGGGGACGAGUUGGUGGCCGAGUGCGUUUACGGCACUCUGGAUAGGACCAAGCCUACCUUGGGAGGAUACGCGGCGUCUCAGGAGAUGUGUCUUGCCUUCGUAGUCCACUAUCCGAGAACACCGCUCGCUGCUUGCUACAGCAUGACGCCGUUGAAGCAUCUGUUCAAAACGUUAGGGGUGUACAGCUUCAAAGGUGUCACUAUGGACCAUUUGGAGAAGCUUUUCCUAACGACCAGAACGGAUGCCGUGACCAUUCCUUCGACCGGCCAACAGCAACUUCCUAUCUACCCAGCAACGAGGCCUAGCGAGGAUAUCGACGAAGAGCUUAUUAGGGAGGCCAAGUCGGCGUUGAGGGCCGUGAAAGAUUACACUCUGGAACAGGAUAACGAAAAUGUUUUCUCUAGAUUGAUCAUCGAGGAACCGGAAGAGUUCAGAGGUCGAACUUUGGCGGAGCACAUGCUGGCGUUACCCUGGACCGAAGAACUUCUCGCAAGAGCCAUCGAGCAGAACCUGUAUCACGGAAGACACAUGACUUUCUGUAGAAAGAGAGACGACAAGCUUGCUCUGCCAGCAGACAUACAAACGUUCCCUAAUUACACGGAAUUACCGGAAGUAAAUGAAACGAUGUGCACGGAAAUGGCAAAAUUAUCCAAUGCGUCGGGGGCCUCGUACUUCGAUAUCGUCACGUUCCUCACGAUUCUAAUCCUGACAAUCGUCAUGCGGCGUACACGAUACGUUGCAUUGCCAGUGAGGGCUUGGCAUUACGUCGGCCUUCUGGUGGUCUCCCUCGCCUGCCUCACGUUAGGCCUGGUCUCCAGGGACAAGGAAGGCCGUGCAGGAAGUUUGGCGGGACCUGAAUUAAAGCACCAAGCACCUCACGAAGUGGAUGCCUGCCCUAACUUGACUCCUUUCACCAAGAUGCCUUCUUGCUCGAGCUUCGAGCAGGACCAAACCAGGAUUUCGACGACGACCACAGCAACUUCUAUCACACCGGCUGACGUCAGACUGUCUCGAUCUCGUAGCUUGGAUCGCAUCUCCAGAACUCGAUCUCGUGAAGACGUUAGGAGGGUGGAGAGAUCGGAUAGACGGGAGACAGGCAUCGAGAACAAUCGUAGGGUGGAAUCGAGACUUAGAAGCGAAAGCCAAGACCGCUUGAGACCUGCGUCCGAUCCUUCGACUCGACUUUCUCGAUCGCGAAACUCGAGGGUUGCGUUGCAGGAGCUUGAAAGAAGGAUGUUGCUCGAGAGGUCUACCGAUAGGCGACGCGAAAUAAACGGACGAGUAAAUGAUUCACGAGAACGUCUCGCACGAUCUUUGGAACGGCUAGCAUCUACGGAUUUCCGUCGAGAAAGGAACGAUCGAUCAUUGAGGGAUAGGCGAAAUGACCGUAUGCAGUUGGCGAUUACCAGACGCGAUUCUAGAUCGGAGCAAAAUCGUAGGUCUCUUACAGGACAACGAGAAGUAGCUGGUGAUCGAGAAAGAGUUAGUCGAUUGGAUCGUCGUAUGGACGCAAGGACGAACGAACGACGAGACUCUUCGCUUAGAUCGUUGAAACGGUUUGGAGAUGAAAUGGAACGACGAGAGAGAAACAACAGAUUGAAUUUGGCUCGUGAACGACGCGAAUCUCGACUCGACGUCAGGGCAUCUGAACGAGUUACUCGGGAUUCGUCUCGCGAUCGUAGCUCAGAACGACGAAUGCUCGUAGAAUCUAAAAGAAAUUUGGAAAGGAGAUCCACUUCUGUCGAAUCCAGGAAUCGUGAAGAAAUCAAAGCUGAUCGGAGAUUUUUGGAACAGAGAGCUAAUCGUCGACUUGUGGAACAGAGAGUAGAUCGCCGACUCAUGGAACGAAGAGCUGAUCGUCGACUUAUGGAACGAAAAACUGAUCGUGUUAUGGAACAAAAUGUUGAUCGUAGACUUAUCGAAAAAAGGAUGGAUCGUCAAGUUAUGGAACAGAGAACUGAUCGUCGAUUGAUGGACCAAAGAGCUGAUCGAUUUAUAGAACGAAAAGCUAACCAACGUCUCGUAGAACAAAGAACUGAUCGCCGACUUAUGGACCAAAGAGCUGAUCGAUCUAUAGAACGAAAAGCUAACCAACGUCUCGUAGAACAAAGCACUGAUCGCCGCCUUAUGGACCAAAGAGCUGAUCGAUCUAUAGAACGAAAAGCUAACCAACGUCUCGUAGAACAAAGCACUGAUCGCCGCCUUAUGGACCAAAGAGCUGAUCGAUCUAUAGAACGAAAAGCUAACCAACGUCUCGUAGAACAAAGCACUGAUCGCCGCCUUAUGGACCAAAGAGCUGAUCGAUCUAUAGAACGAAAAGCUAACCAACGUCUCGUAGAACAAAGCACUGAUCGCCGCCUUAUGGACCAAAGAGCUGAUCGAUCUAUCGAACGAAAAGCUAACCAACGUCUCAUGGAACCGAGAACUGAUCGCCGACUUAUGGCCCAAAGAGCUGAUCGAUCUAUGGAACGAAAAGCUAACCAACGUCUCAUGGAACAGAGAAUUGAUCGUCGACUGAUGGAACAGAGAACCGAUCGCCGACUGAUGGAACAAAGAGCUGAUCGUCGACUCAUGGAACGUCGUCUCGCAGAGUUAAGGACCGAUCGACGCGUUUUGAACUCAAAACGAUCUAUGAGACAAAGGUUUGACAUUGACGGACAAAGACGAAUUAGCACUACGCCUACUCUUCUCGCAAAUGACAUUCAAUUCAAUGAAAAGGAACAAAGAGACGCUGAAAGAGUUCGAACAGUUUUAAUAUUUUCACGAGAUAGAUCCCUAAACGAUAUUAAACGAUCUCGUUCCGUAGACAGAGAACACGUUCGCUCCAUAGACAGAGAUUCUCGCUCUCGAAGACAAUCAAACUCCCGAGAUUUAUCGGAAGAUUCAACAUUUCUCCGAAGGCAUAUCCGAUCGUCAAGGCUUCCGAUUCAAGAACGCAAUUCCAGAAUUCCUGUUAAUACACGUUCAUUAGCAAUGCGAGAUAAAGUUUUAAUCCAUAACAAUGAAUACGUACCUAGAAUGGGCAACAUGGAAUUCCUGAAACAAGAGAGUCACGUUUCGUUCGACAUUAUCCGCCAGGCAUUUGUAAUUGGUCUUUGUACAAUGUAUGGAUUAUCCAUUUUUUAUGGCAAACGUUCUUUCAUUCGCAACUUCGUGAGCCAGGCACCACAAUUCAUUCUAUGGUAGAAUCUUAUCCAAGAAGGAAUAACAAUUUGCUACUUCCAAGAUUUGCUUUUAAUCACUGUUUUAGUAUAAUAUUUUUUGGCAUUGCUAUGUAUUUAACAAGAAACUGUAUAUUAAUGUACAGCUGAUAAAUGUAUCCUGCAUAGAGAUAGAAAUGUGUCGCAUGUAUUUAAAAAUAUAUAUUUUGUCCGAAUAAAUUGUUCAAAUUAAA